AUGGAGAAAGGAAACUCUGAGUCCAGUCCCAACCCACCGGAACUGAACAUGCAACUGAUUCGGCCCAAAAAGUUAAAACACCGCAAGCGCCCCAGAAACAUCCUGAUCUACUUAAUUAAUAGGGAGAUGGGGAUGCCCAGAAACAAUAUGAAUCUUAUGAAAUGGGUUUGGAGAGCGGCCAAAUCUGCCUCAUGGUAG